AUGUUCAUGAAAGAAGUUUUAUUUAAUUGUUUAAUUAAUAAAUUUAAACAAAUUAAACAAUAUUCAAUAUUUCUAUAUCUAUAUAUAUUUGUAAUCAUCAUUCAAUUUAAUAUAUCUCAUAUAAAUGGACAAAAUAUAUUAAAAUAUGAACCAAAUAUUAAAUGGAAAAAUAAUAAACAAAUAAUCAAUAAAAAUAUUAAUGAUAAUAAUAAUGAAUAUUAUGCAACAGAAAUUGUGAAAAAAUCAAAAAUGGUACAAUUACCAAUCGAACAAAAUUUUUUAGAAAAUUCUAAAACUUUUGAUUGGUUUAAAAAUAGAUUAAUGAAAAAAGUAUAUAAAACAAAUAGUAAUAAUAAUAAUAAUAAAGAAAUAGGAAAUAUAAAUAUCACGCAAACUAUAAAGCUUGGACGGAAUAAUAAUAAUAAUGUUAUUAAUCAUAAAUUAGACCAUCAGAAUUCAGAACAAAGAUCACGGAAUGUAAGUUAUCGGAAUAGAAGUGCUUCGGAUGUGCACAACAAUAGUGAUACUACAAAUGAUCCAUUUAUAUUUAUUAAUGUCAGUAAACUACUUGAACGAGAAAAACGUCAUGUUCCUUCAGUGGCACAUUAUAUUCUUUCGCCGUUAGUAGCUAAUCGAAAGAAGGAUCCUUACAAUUAUAUCUCACUGACAUCAUCAUCAUCUUCAACAUCAUCCUUACCAUUAACUUAUGGAUUACAGAAUUCACGAAAAGAAAAAUCAACUAAAUUUGGAACAUCAGUAAGACCUAGAAAGCUGACAAGUCAAUCAUUUAUCGCAUACAAUGUUGAAAAUGAUAUUUUUAACUUUGUAUUUCAAUUUGUACGAUAUAAUCGGACAUCAGUAGAUUUGAUUACGGCAUUCAAUUUGAUACGUGAAUGGGAACGUUUCAAAUUAGUACAACAAGUACAAAUUCAAAGAGAGCAAAAAUUGAAAAUGUUGCGUCAUAAACAAGAGCAUAGACGUCUUGAUGAAUAUCAUCGUUAUCUACGGCAUUUUUCAACAAUGCUUACCAAUGAAAAAGCAAAACAAUUUAAGAAAGCACAGAAUUUUUAUGAUUUCAAAAAAAUUAUCAUUGGUUCUAAAGGUGUUAAAAGUAAUGGUAUUAAUAAUAGAGGAGAAUAUAAUGAAAAGACGAUUAAUUCACAUUUAGAUUCACAAUCAUUAACAGAACGACAAAAAAUUCAAGAAUCAUUAUCAUCUUCAAAUUUAAAUGAUAUACAAUUUUCUGGUGGAAUUGGUGGAGGAAUAUUUGCGGAUAGUUUACGACUACGAAAGAUAAAUAAUCGUGAAGGUCGUGCAAUUGUACCUGACAGUAGCAAUAAUAAUAAACAAAGUCCAUUGAAAAUAAAUUUAGCAACAGAAUUUUCACAUAUCUUGAGUAAAACGAAUGAGCAAUUAUCAAAAGAUCUACAAUCCGAUGAAGUGAAAAUCGAUUCUGGGGGAUAUCCCAAUGAAGAGUCAUAUUCGGAAGAUGAAUUAAGACGAGCUUUUGAAAAUUAUCAAGAAUUCAAAAUGAUAUCUUGCCAACCACAGAAUCGAACACUAUGUACAGAAGCACUUCUUCGUCUCAAUCAUGAUCACCAACAACAACACCAAGAACCAAAUCAUGGCCAUCAUCAUCAUCAUACAGCUCUUAUCAUACCACGUGGUAUACACAUUCAAAGAUGUGGUCAACAAGAAAUUUCACGUUGUAAUCAUUACACAAAUUCAUUUUCAAAUUAUGAUGAAGAAUAUGAUUAUGAGAGAUCAGAAUUCACACCGCUUUCAUCAUCUUCAUCUAAUAGUCAUGUAAAUUAUGAUGACCAAUAUUUAGAUAUAUUAAAUGAUCGAAAUCAGUAUACAUCUUGUAAUUGUGAAACACUUGAAGAAGAAUGUUUACCUAUAAAGGUUUCAUUAAAAACAUUUGCAGUUGCUGUGAUGCAAAUUGUACCAUUUGGAAAUUUUACUCAUUCAACUGAACUGAUUGCAUUAACAAAUCAUUUACAGUGUGGAUGUCAACCACGCUGCAGUAAUCGACUAUGUAUUCCUCCACUGAAAUUUAUUAUGCACACAUUUUCAGAUUGUGCAUGUGUAUGUCAACCGAAUGAUAAACGAUGUUUUGAAUUGUUGGAAGGGAAACGUCAAUUCACAGCUGAUGAAAUUCCAUUACCAUUGAAUGGUUCUUACAUCUUACCACCUUGUCGUUAUGGUGCAAUGGAUGACUUACACUUAUAUCAUAGACACUGCCCCGGACCAACUAGAAAUACGCUUCCAAUUAAAUAAUAUAAUAACAUAAAAUGAAAUUAAUGGGGAACUUAUUUCUCUCACCUCACUAGCCAGGUGUCAAAUAGUUUAACAAUUAUAUAUGGUUUUUAGUAAAUAACCUACGGAAAUGGAGUAUAACUAGACAAAAUCGUGCAAUCUGUCAUAUUCUUUUUCAGUUAUCUUCUGUAUUUUCAUUGAUCUUACAGUUACCCCUCUGAUUUAUACAUGCAUACAUACAAACUAGACAUCAACACAAACAUACGAUAUUCGUCAUUAUGUCACUAUUGUAAAUCGAAAACUUUGCUUAAUCAUAAAAAUCUCAAUCACUUUUUAAAUGUAUAUAGUAUCUAUAUUCUACUGAACGAAUUUCUGAUAAUUAAAUUUAUUUCUAGUAUACUAUCAUUGGGACUAUCCGCAAUAAUGUUUGAUAUGAAAGAUAAAGAAUUAUUUAUAUUGUCA